AAUCAAGACUGUCACACUGUUUUCGUUACCCUCAAAGAUGUGGUUUUGGGGAAGGAAAGGAGCAUCUGGAUUCUCGUCUCGUUCCACUGCAGAAGAAGUCACACAUGGAGUUGAAGGAGCUGGCCUCACUGCCAUUGUCACUGGAGCAUCAAGUGGUAUAGGAAUAGAGACAGCGCGUGUUCUAGCACUGCGUGGUGUGCACGUGGUUAUGGCAGUGAGGAACACUGCCUCUGGUGCUAAAGUUAAGCAAGAUAUCCUCAAUCAAGUCCCUGGUGCUAAACUCCAUGUCAUGGAGUUAGAUCUCAGCUCAAUGGAAUCUGUCAGGCGAUUUGCAGCUGACUACAAAUCUACCCGUCUUCCACUCAACAUCUUGAUAAACAACGCUGGGGUAAUGGCGUGUCCUUUCAUGCUCUCUAAGGACAACAUCGAGCUGCAAUUCGCGACCAACCAUUUAGGUCAUUUUCUGUUGACGAAGCUGCUACUAGAUACAAUGAAGAACACAUCACGUGAAAGCAAACGAGAAGGAAGGAUUGUUAAUCUAUCAUCAGAAGCUCAUCGGUUCUCCUAUCCAGAAGGAGUCCGGUUUGAUAAGAUCAACGACGUAUCAAGUUACGGUAGUAUUCCAGCUUAUGGUCAGUCUAAACUAUGCAAUGUAUUACACGCAAACGAGCUUGCAAGGCAACUGAAGGAAGAUGGAGUCAAUAUAACAGUGAAUUCACUUCAUCCAGGAGCUAUUAUGACAAGUCUUUGGCGCUACUUCAAUAGUUAUCUGGCUGGAGCUGUUAGUGCAGUGGCUAGAUAUUUUAUAAAGACUGUUCCGCAGGGGGCUGCAACAACUUGCUAUUUGGCAUUGAAUCCUCAGGUGGCGGGAGUUACAGGAGAAUAUUUCACAGACUGCAACGUUGCUAAACCAUCAUCACUUGCCGAAGAUUCAGAACUGGCCAAGAAGGUUUGGGACUUCAGCACUAAGCUUAUCGAUUCGGAUUCAGGAGGAAGUCAUUCUUGAAAGUACACAGUUUCAGAUGAAUCUUUACUUUGAUAUGGUUUUUUAUGUGUGAUUUCUUUUUCAUUUUUAAACCAUCUUAGAACAAAUCAAUGCGAGCAUGGACCUAAAAUGAAAAAUAUCAUUAGCAUAAAUAUUAUUGGACAUCUUGACCCCCGAAAAAAAAAAGAAUACAAUAGGACAUAAACUUGAAAAUCUCAAUAUGGGUACAUUUGCCUGAAUCGGAUGGCUCUCAGAAGCUGGUACAAAUACUUGUAUUGGAUUUGAACCACUUCUACAUUUAUUGUUUCCAAGCAAGACUGGUUACAAACAAAUGAUGCUUGUAGAUACCCCAUAUAAGUGGUUGAAACUUAAAUCUUAGUGGCUUCACAUUGUAUUUUUAACCUCAAGUUAAUCACCAGUAGACCAUAAACCCUGGUUAUAAAGUGAUUAUGUUAUUAUCUUUUAACUAUUAUUACUAGAUGCAUCAUUACAAAACUCGUUUGAUCACACACACAUAAAACUUAAAAACAAGUGAUCAACUUUAAACAACACCAAACCUUCAUUAUCUCUAAUAAACAUCUCAAACUCGGUUGGUAUUUAAAUUUUAGAGAUUAUAUAUGGUUAAGAAAACUUUGGCAAGACAUCUCAUAUGAUACAUAUAGUUACAUAUAUAUUCCA